UGUCUGAGCACGUGCCUGGACAAACUCAAAUGCAAUCUUACUAAUUAUGCAAACAGCAACUCAAUAUAAUCAUACUAAUAUAAUAUAAACGCUGAAAUUAAACAAGUAUUACAUCUGGGGAUUCGAGGUUAUUACAAAGGACCAUCAACAGGGACAGUCAUCACACUGGGCUGAGUGGGAGAACUACAGAUGACCGCCACCAGGGGGCAGCAGUGCGCCUUAAAGGUUGUCAACUGCUGGGCCAAAAAACAACAACACAUGAAGAAAAAGAAGACACCACAGAAGAAGAAGAGGUCGUUCCAUGGCACCGUGCCGGCACCCGGAAACAGAAGAAGAAGAACACCCACAGGGGUCUCCCUCUGCGCGCGCGCUCCAGCUGCUGUUACAGCAGCGCGCGGUGUUUUCAAACCCGCGCGUGAUGAUGACGUAGCCGGAAGAGACGCCGGGAAACAGCAGCGAAGCAGUGCUAGCUUCACGCUAACGUUAGCACAGCCAGGUCCGUAAAGACUUAAAGUAGCCCCGAAUAUGAAUGUACUUCCCUUAAAGCACGCACUCUGCUCGUGUUUAACCGGCGUGAGGUCCGUUAGCCAAACAAUAAACUCAUAUGUGGAACUCCUAAUCACUAUUUGAUCAAAUAAAAGAAUGUAUGUGAGUGAACUUUGACCCGUACGCAGAGCCUGACGUCACAGGCGCGUCACUCAGGAGCUCGAAGGAUCCCGAAGGUCCACAUGUGGUUAUUUGGAGUUUUGUACCCUAAAAGAAAAGUAUUUUUUUCUUCUCAAAAGUACAAUCCUCUUUUCUAAAGCAACGUGAAUUUGAGUUCUUGUUCUUCUUCUUCGUGGUGAAUCCAGCCGCCGUCUCGCCUCGAGGGAUCGACUGUGACCUCAGAGCGCCGCUUGACCCCGUGACCUCAGAGCGCCGCUUGACCCCGUGACCUCAGAGCGCCGCUUGACCCCGUGACCUGACCUCGAGCCAUGGCCGAGGCCGGAGCCCACCUGACCUCGGCCGCGGCCCGCGAGCGGCCGUCCAUCUUCGAGGUCCUGGCCCAGGAGUCCCUGAUGGCGGCGGUCCGCCCGGCGCUGAGGCACGGCGCCAAGGUUCUGGCGGAGUCCGACCCGCCCCGCUUCGGCUUCCUGUGGCGGCGCUUCGAUGAGCUCCACCUGCUGCUGGACCUGCUGCUCCAGCACCACUUCCUGUCCCGCUGCGGCGCCUCCUUCUCCGAGAACUUCUACGGCCUGAAGCGGGUGUGGGGGGGGCGGGGCCUCGGCCUGCGCGGGGGGAGGCGCUGGCGCUCGCUCCUCCUCCUGUGCCUGGCGCCGUACCUGCGCGCCAAGCUGGACGCCGCGUUGGCGCGCCAGAGGGACGAGGAGGACUUCUCCAUCCGGCUGGAGCAGAGCGGCGGGCGCCGGCUGUACCGGGCGGCCGCGGCGGCGUGGCCGUACGCCGGCGCCGCCUGGCGGGCCUGGGCCUUCUGCCAGCAGCUGCUCUUUGUCUUCGGGGCCGCCGGCACCCACGACCCCCUGCUGUGGCUCGCCCGGGUCCGGCUGGCGCGGCUCGACGCUCAGGACCUCAGAGACGUGGCGCCGAGGGGCAGCAGACCUGGCAACCCGGCGGAGGGCAGCCUGGCGUCCCUCUCCGCCUCGCUGUCGCUGGGCGUCUUCUUCCUGCGGUUCCUGGAGUGGUGGUACUCCUCGGCCGACCGGGACGGCGUGAAGUCGCUCGCCGCGCCGCCCGCUCCGCCGCCGCCGCUCCACCUGCAGGGCGGGCCGGACGCCCCGCCCCCCGGCGAGUGUCCGCUGUGCGGCGGGCGGCGCUCCAACGCCACGGCGCUGUCCACCUCCGGCUUCGUGUUCUGCUACCGCUGCGUCUUCGCCUACGUGAAGGCCAACCGGCGCUGCCCGCUCAGCGGCGUCCCCACCGAGCCGCAGCACCUCGUCAAGAUCUACUGCCCCGAGAGCUAGGCCCCGCCCCCUCCGGAGAGGGGGAGGGGCUUGUUUAAAAGAACUCGUCGCGUGUUUCUAUUUUAUAAAACCUCCAAUGUAAAGUGUU